AUGGUGGCCAUUUUCGGCGCGGAGUACCUCAUGAUCGGCGGCAUCAAGCUGGUGAACGAUGCGCUGGCCUUCGCGGGGCCGCUGCUGCUGCACCAGCUCGUCACCGUGCUCGAUGGUGGCACCCCUGCCCUCACCCUGCACCGCCAGCUCCCGCCCUCCGCCACACACGGGCCUGCCACGCCCCCCACGCAGUGGUCGUAUGGCCUUGCAUGCGCGCUCGCCAUCGGUGCCACCUCCGCGCUCAGAGCCUUCCUAGGAGCGCACUACUCGUACUGCCUGGCGCGCAUGGGGCUUAAGCUGCGUGCUGCCAUCGCCACCUGCGUAUUCGCCAAGGUGCUGGCAGUGAGUGCGGCACAGAGGGGGUCAUUUGAGGGUGGCGAGGUGCAGACGCUCAUGAGUGUGGACGCGGACAGGCUUGUCAACCUCGUCAUGUCGCUGCACGACCUCUGGGGUCUACCUCUGCAGAUCCUUGUGGCGCUGCUGCUGCUCUACUGGCAGGUAUGCUAUGCACCACACCACACUCUGUGUGCCAUGCCGGCAUGCCACACUGCACAUACAUACUUACUAAUACUUCCACUGCACCCGUUUCUCUUCCUCGUGCCACCACCAGUUCUCCUCUCCAUGUCGGGCCAAGCCACCCUCUCACCAUCCUUCACUGAACUUCCCACACCUCGUUCCCCCUCUCACUGCGCCCUCCUCCGCUGCCCAUUCAUCUCCCUGCAGGUGAGCUAUGCCUUCCUGGCUGGCCUCGCUGUUGUGCUGCUGCUCAUCCCAGUGAACCGAUGGCUGGCGGGGCGGAUAGGAGAGGCGAGCAAGCAGAUGAUGGCGAGCAAGGAUGCCAGGGUGCAGGCGAUGCAGGAGCUGUUGGACCACGUGGCAGCAGUGCGUGCCAUGGCCAUGGAGGGCGCACUUCUCUCCCGCAUCAACGCCGCUCGCCACCUCGAACUCUCCGCCCUUGCAGUGCGUGUGCGCAAGUACCUGGACGCGUGGUGUGUGUACUUCUGGGCGUGCACGCCUGUGCUCUUCUCCCUCGCCACCUUCUCCUCGCUGCUCCUCCUUGGUCGCUCACUCAACGCCCCCGUGGUGUUCACGAGUCUAGCGCUCUUCAACGUGCUGCUGGGGCCGCUCAACUCCUUCCCCUGGGUCAUCAACGGCAUUGUCGAGGUAAGAAUUGAGCUAAGAUCCAGUCCCGCCCCAGCUGGCACUGCAGCUCCAGUCCCAUCCAAGCUGGGACUGCAGCUCCAGUCCCACCCAAGCUGGGACUGCAGCUCCCGUCCCACCCAAGCUGGGACUGCAGCUCCAGUCCCACCCAAGCUGGGACUGCAGCUCCAGUCCCACCCCAGCUGGGACUGCAGCUCCAGUCCCACCCCAGCUGGGACUGCAGCUCCAGUUCCCAAGCUGGGACUGCAGCUCCAGUUCCCAAGCCGGGACUGCAGCUCCAGUCCCACCCCAGCUGGGACUGCAGCUCCAGUUCCCAAGCCGGGACUGCAGCUCCAGUCCCACCCCAGCUGGGACUGCAGCUCUAGUCCCACCCAAGCUGGGACUGCAGCUCCAGUCCCACCCCAGCUGGGACUGCAGCUCCAGUCCCACCCCAGCUGGGACUGCAGCUCCAGUCCCACCCCAGCUGGGACUGCAGCUCCCGUCCCACCCAAGCUGGGACUGCAGCUCCCGUCCCACCCAAGCCGGGACUGCAGCUCCAGUCCCACCCAAGCCGGGACUGCAGCUCCAGUCCCACCCAAGCCGGGACUGCAGCUCCAGUCCCACCCAAGCCGGGACUGCACCUCCAGUCCCACCCAAGCUGGGACUGCAGCUCCAGUCCCACCCAAGCUGGGACUGCAGCUCCAGUCCCACCCAAGCUGGGACUGCAGCUCCAGUCCCACCCAAGCUGGGACUGCAGCUCCAGUCCCACCCAAGCUGGGACUGCAGCUCCAGUCCCACCCCAGCUGGGACUGCAGCUCCAGUCCCACCCAAGCUGGGACUGCAGCUCCAGUCCCACCCAAGCUGGGACUGCAGCUCCAGUCCCACCCAAGCUGGGACUGCAGCUCCAGUCCCACCCAAGCUGGAACUGCAGCUCCAGUCCCACCCAAGCCGGGACUGCAGCUCCAGUCCCACCCCAGCCGGGACUGCAGCUCCAGUCCCACCCCAGCUGGGACUGCAGCUCCAGUCCCACCCCAGCUGGGACUGCAGCUCCAGUCCCACCCAAGCUGGGACUGCAGCUCCAGUCCCACCCCAGCUGGGACUGCAGCUCCAGUCCCACUCAAGCUGGGACUGCAGCUCCAGUCCCACCCAAGCCGGGACUGCAGCUCCAGUCCCACCCCAGCUGGGACUGCAGCUCCAGUCCCACCCCAGCUGGGACUGCAGCUCCAGUCCCACCCAAGCCGGGACUGCAGCUCCAGUCCCACCCAAGCCGGGACUGCAGCUCCAGUCCCACCCAAGCCGGGACUGCAGCUCCAGUCCCACCCAAGCCGGGACUGCAGCUCCAGUCCCACCCAAGCCGGGACUGCAGCUCCAGUCCCACCCCAGCCGGGACUGCAGCUCCAGUCCCACCCCAGCUGGGACUGCAGCUCCAGUCCCACCCCAGCUGGGACUGCAGCUCCAGUCCCACCCAAGCUGGGACUGCAGCUCCAGUCCCACCCCAGCUGGGACUGCAGCUCCAGUCCCACCCCAGCUGGGACUGCAGCUCCAGUCCCACCCCAGCUGGGACUGCAGCUCCAGUCCCACCCCAGCUGGGACUGCAGCUCCAGUCCCACCCCAGCUGGGACUGCAGCUCCAGUCCCACCCAAGCUGAGACUGCAGAUCCAGUCCCACCCCAGCUGGGACUGCAGCUCCAGUCCCACCCAAGCUGGGACUGCAGCUCCAGUCCCACCCAAGCUGGGACUGCAGCUCCAGUCCCACCCCAGCUGGGACUGCAGCUCGUGUCCCACCCCAGCUGGGACUGCAGCUCCAGUCCCACCCCAGCUGGGACUGCAGCUCCAGUCCCACCCCAGCUUGGACUGCAGCUCCAGUCCCACCCAAGCUGGGACUGCAGCUCCAGUCCCACCCAAGCUGGGACUGCAGCUCGUGUCCCACCCCAGCUGGGACUGCAGCUCCAGUCCCACCCCAGCUGGGACUGCAGCUCCAGUUCCCAAGCUGGGACUGCAGCUCCAGUUCCCAAGCCGGGACUGCAGCUCCAGUCCCACCCCAGCUGGGACUGCAGCUCUAGUCCCGCCCAAGCUGGGACUGCAGAUCCAGUCCCGCCCCAGCUGGGACUGCAGCUCCAGUCCCAUCCAAGCUGGGACUGCAGCUCCAGUCCCACCCAAGCUGGGACUGCAGCUCCCGUCCCACCCAAGCUGGGACUGCAGCUCUAGUCCCACCCAAGCUGGGACUGCAGCUCCAGUCCCACCCCAGCUGGGACUGCAGCUCCAGUCCCACCCCAGCUGGGACUGCAGCUCCAGUUCCCAAGCUGGGACUGCAGCUCCAGUUCCCAAGCCGGGACUGCAGCUCCAAUCCCACCCCAGCUGGGACUGCAGCUCUAGUCCCACCCAAGCUGGGACUGCAGCUCCAGUCCCAUCCCAGCUGGGACUGCAGCUCCAGUCCCACCCCAGCUGGGACUGCAGCUCCAGUCCCACCCCAGCUGGGACUGCAGCUCCCGUCCCACCCAAGCCGGGACUGCAGCUCCAGUCCCACACAAGCCGGGACUGCAGCUCCAGUCCCACCCAAGCCGGGACUGCAGCUCCAGUCCCACCCAAGCUGGGACUGCAGCUCCAGUCCCACCCAAGCUUGGACUGCAGCUCCAGUCCCACCCAAGCUGGGACUGCAGCUCCAGUCCCACCCAAGCUGGGACUGCAGCUCCAGUCCCACCCAAGCUGGGACUGCAGCUCCAGUCCCACCCCAGCUGGGACUGCAGCUCCAGUCCCACCCAAGCUGGGACUGCAGCUCCAGUCCCACCCAAGCUGGAACUGCAGCUCCAGUCCCACCCAAGCUGGGACUGCAGCUCCAGUCCCACCCAAGCUGGGACUGCAGCUCCAGUCCCACCCAAGCCGGGACUGCAGCUCCAGUCCCACCCAAGCCGGGACUGCAGCUCCAGUCCCACCCCAGCCGGGACUGCAGCUCCAGUCCCACCCCAGCUGGGACUGCAGCUCCAGUCCCACCCAAGCUGGGACUGCAGCUCCAGUCCCACCCAAGCUGGGACUGCAGCUCCAGUCCCACCCAAGCCGGGACUGCAGCUCCAGUCCCACCCAAGCUGGGACUGCAGCUCCAGUCCCACCCCAGCUGGGACUGCAGCUCGUGUCCCACCCCAGCUGGGACUGCAGCUCCAGUCCCACCCAAGCUGGGACUGCAGCUCCAGUCCCUCCCAAGCUGGGACUGCAGCUCCAGUUCCCAAGCUGGGACUGCAGCUCCAGUUUCCAAGCCGGGACUGCAGCUCCAGUCCCACCCCAGCUGGGACUGCAGCUCUAG